GUUCGAACCAAUCAUUUUUUCAGAAGUCUUUUUUCUUGCAUUUAAAUAAUAAAUGCACUCUGAUCAUAAUGUGAUAACACUGGAAACCCGAGAGGAAAACACUUCUGCGGCCUCAUUUUGAACACAGUUUUUAAAGACAUUCUCAUUUCACCAUUCUUGCCAGGAAAUCCCGUACAAGGUGUCUCCAGUCACUCCAGGUGGGAGUUACCUGUCGUGGGAUUUCUGUUUGUGUGGCUCCAAAGGAAAAGAAGCAAAUCCUUUACUGACAGGUUACACUUCAGUAAUUGCAACCAGGUUUUUUCAUCAUCAUCAUCAUCAUCAUUACCACCAGUCAUUGUAGCAGUGGCAGUGUGUGAGAGAUCUAUUAUGUCUGAUGAGUGAUCAGGGACUUUAUAUAAUGUAGAAGUGUAUAUGUAACCGGGGCGGGUUACAUGUACUCUUCUUUGCCCGCUGAAGGUGAGUGAAGAGCCGCAUCGGCCUGCUCCUCUGGUUCUAAUUGAACUCCGUUGUAUGAUGCGUUGCGUUCAUCUGCCGUCAGCAAUAUUGUAAUUAUGAUCUUUUCACCCCACAAACUAACAAAAUAAUAUGACUGGCGCGCAUUUUUUCUGUUAUUGUUAAGCGGUUACGUGAAUUAUUACUUUUGUACCCUUAAAAUCUAGUUAUGUCGCACACGCGCUGUACAUGUCACAUACAUGCUGUAAAUAAAUGUGAUUCUUCUGUUUUUUUAGAAAGACGAGUAGGUAUUCAUUAUAACCGAGCGGCGAGCAGAUAAGCAAACAGGGCCUGCCUUUAUGACAGGGGCUGUUUGCUAAUUACUAAUGUUACGAAAAGACGUGCGCUAAAUGACUUCGACGGAGGCAGGACCGGAUUUGAGGAGGAGCACCUGAAGGCAGCACGGUGGGAGGAAGGAGGCUACAGCGGCGACGCUCCCGGGAAGACGGCGACAACAGCAACCGGACGCUUCCAGCUGAACUACGCCGCUAAACGUGUGCUCCUUUGUGCCUCAACUCAGCAGCAUGAUGUUUGUUGUUGAGAAGAUACUGGACAAAAAACUCUGCCACAACCUUGCAGCUCUUUCAAGUUGACAAGACCUUCCUACAUUUCCUUUGUCCAAUGGAAGCCAAGGGAUGCAGCCAGCGAUGGAAGAUGCAUCUCCCAGAGUUUAAACACAGCAGGAGAUGCCCGAGUCCGACUACAAAAGACAGUGAAAGAGGCAAGACAGAGAGAGAAAGAGACAGAGGAGGACCACACAAAAGUGUUACUAUGGCGCCCACCUCCAGGUAUCUGACAGACAGACAGUAUGUAAUGAGAAAGCCUCUGUUCUCUGCAGAACAACAUGCAUCUAUCUUAAAGAAGACAUAUCCACAGCGCACAGAGAAGGAGAAACAGUUUGGUGUUAGCAGAAGAGAAGACAAUCCGCAACACACUGACAUGAACUUCUUGACCAGAGCAAGAAAGGAGAUGACCCCAGAGAGCUUUGCCUUCUUUCACAGUGACAUCUCACCUCCCUCAGCCUCUAGAGAAGACCUCAGGGCCAGACUGUGCCAUGAAGAACCCACUUUUGGAUCACCUUUCCCUGGCAGCAGAUCGGCUCAGCGGAGUCUCUCGAGUUCCAUUCUAGAGGUCCAGAGACCUAAUCCUCCUCUGAGGCCGCAACUGACCUCCACUGUCCUGUAUCCUACCUACACCCUUCGCUCAGGGUACUCCAGGCCAGGCCAGACUCAGCUCAGGCCGGGGGCGGGGACAGAGAGAGGUGGGGGAGAGACCAAACUAUGCUCUUCUGGAGGACACUCAAAAGGACACCCAAUGUCUCCCUAUCAGGCAAACUACUGGGCCUCUGCCAUCCCUAAAGCUUUGCCUCCAUCUCCAGACAGGCAUUUUGCAGGCUGGGACCCAAACAGGGAGUACCAGGCCCUGCUGGACUACACCUACCCUCUGAGACCAGGACAGGUGGUCAGUGAGUGGGACAGCUCUGAGCCCCAACAAGACUCUCUCCUCCAAACAGACCCCAACCUGCAGGACUCUGGGAUUGAACUGGACCACCUCUGUAGCUCCACCAGCCUGUCAGGGUUGGGUUUUACUGUGAGCGGCACAGGGCAGACCAGAGAAAGAAGCACUCUUAGUGUGGGUCAUAGGUCACCUGACCUGCAGGGGUUUACCAAAUCCUCAGAUGGUUUGUCCUCCGGUGGCCUGCUCUCCCGAACUGACCCUGUGGGUUUGUCCUUGAACAGUCUGGACUGCAGUAAGAACAGAGGUGGAAUGAAUUGUUACGAGAGUGGUGGUCACCAUCAUCAGCACCAUGCACUGUCCUCCUCCACCUCUACUGCUUUUAUCCGCUCCACCAGGGUUCUCCCACAGUCCAGGAGUGUAUGUGGGGAGGUGGACGAGGAGUUCUGGCCUCUUCCAGAGCAGCUGGAGGAGCUGCAGCUGCUGUCCAGACAGGUGAGGGAGGUGACCGCCCAGCUGAGCCGGCCUGUACCAGCCAGCUGGGAGUCUCUGGGCCCAGGCACCAACUCCGUCCUGUCCUCCAUCACCCUGCCUGAGAGACAGGAGGCUGAUGUCAGAGAGCCGGGGGGCUACAAUCGGGACACAUACGAAGGAAAAGAUGGGACGGGUGGAGAGGAGAGGAGUGCUGCUCAGACAGCAGCUGGCCACAGGGACUCCGAGGCAGUGAGGAGGAGUUCUGGAGCCUGGCUGGAGCCUGUUGGAGGGGGGCUGAGUCGGUCCAGUCUCAGGGAGGUAGAGGCUUUGGUGGAGCAGCUGUGUGGCCUCAGCCUGCCUGGCAGCCAGGAGGACCAGGAGGACCAGGAGGACCAGGAGGACCAGGAGGACCAGGAGCAAAGGGACUCCCUGAUGCAACACAUCCAGGUCUUCUGUUCACACCUGGAGCAGCUCAUCCAGCGGCUGUAUGCAGCGUCAGAGAAGAUGGAACUGCUGUGUGCGCCCGCUGUGGACAGAGACGGUGUGAAGUCGUCUCUGGCUGACUACCAGAGUUUUCAGAGAGAAGUGAGCAGCCAUCAGCCCCUGACCUCCUGUGUUCUGCACACCGGACGGCUCCUCCUCAGCUGCAUCAACACCACGUCUCCACUUUUAAGAGACGCCCUGCUGCUGAUUGAGAGGCAGUCUGGAGCUCUGGAGACGCACACUGAACACUUUUUCUCCUCCAUCCUGUCUGCCAUGGACAGCCUGACCCAGCCCACUCAGUCCAGUCCAGUCCAGCAGAGCAGAGAGGAGGACCCGGGCCCUGUGGGAGUCCAGGGGUCCACUUUGUGAACAGACUGCAGGACGUGUCUGUGUACAAGCAUACGAUUUAUUUCACUUGUUUAUUUCUUGUUUUCUUACUUUGUUCCAACAGUUCUGUUUUUUAAUACAAAGCUCAGGUUUAUGUUUCACAAAAAGCACAACAGACUUUUAAACGUGUGACUCAGUUGGUUUGUUUGUUUAUUAUUGUAAUGGAGAGCAAGAUGUCCAGAGAUGUCACAGAAGUUUCAUGAGGGAAACAUUCAGGAGCAGUUUAGUGUCCAAACUGAACCUCGAAGUGCUCCUAAAGCUCUGUCUGAAGGGUUACACGAACGGCCUGUUAUGUCUUAAUAUUGCACUACUCAUUGCACUCUGCUCAUGCUUACUGUCCCCGAGACUCAGCCCUCCUCCGAUCCCCCUUUCUAUCGCUUGUAAUGUCUUUUUAGAUGAUAAGGGAUUUUUCAAAUGGAAUCACAAAGUGAAUCUUGGACAGGAUUUUAAAUACAACUGUCUCUGCUGUGUUUCCAGUCACACUGUGCGUUUCAGCAGUGUGCCACCUGAACCUCAGGUGAACUUCAGAGUCCGCAGAGCGGCAGCAGGAGCUCUGUGGACCAGCUGACAGUGGUGGACUGUAACGCAGUGCAUUUACUCAAGUACUGUACUUCAGUACAAAUUCAAGGUACUUGUGCUUUACAUGAGUAAAUACUCAUACUUCUACUCCACUACAACUCAGAGGGAAAUAUUGGACUGUUUACUACUUUCCAUUUAUCUGACAGCUGCAGUUACUUUUCAGAUUCCAGUUUUUCAUCCCCUUCCUGUCCGGUGAAAAGCCACGAAUCUCUUUUCCUGAUAAACUGAAGGAUUACGUGUUCCUGUUUAAAAAAUAAUAAUAAAACUUUAUUUAUAGAGCACUUAUCAAAACAAAGUACAAAGUGCUUCACAACAAGAGAAAUAAAUACCACAGUGAAUGGUGAGAUAUAAAGAAAUAAAACACAUAAAAGCAAUAAAAUAAACAGCCAGUUCAGGUAAAAUCAGGAUCUGCUUUCAGAUAAAAAUGUGUUUUGAGACGAGACUUAAACGAAGACUCUGACUCAGACAGCCUGAUGUCUUCGGGCAGGUUGUUCCAGAGCCUCGGGGCCCUGAUGGCCAAAGCUCUGCCCCCCUUAGUUUCCAUCCUGGACUCAGGAACAGACAGGAGACCCCUGCCCGAAGAUCUCAGACUAUGUGAAGGUUCAUAAGGGAUUACAAGGUCUAAAAUAUAGUCUGGAGCCAUGAAGAGCCUUAAAAGUAAUCAUAAGAUCUUAAAAUCAGUCCUGAAACCAACAGGGAGAUGUAAAGAGGCUGAACCAGGUGUGAUGUGGUUGCACCUCUGGGUCCUGGUUUACAGCCGAGCAGCUGAGUCCUGUACAGUCUGCAGUCUGUCAGAGUUUCUAGAUUAAGACGAGUGAACGGGCUGUUACAGUCAUCGAGGCGUGAGGAGAUAAAAGCAGGCACAACAGUUUGUGCAUCACUCAGAGCGCAGCAGGAAUAACAGCAAGUAACAUUUCAAAGCCUUUUUAACAUUCAUUUGGUGAUUGAAUGAUGACUUCAUUUAAAGACUAAGGACAUAUAAUUAAUAAUUGACAAAUUGUAUUUAUUUUCUUGUUUUUUUUAUUCAAGUUUAUUAAUGCAACAUUUACAAAUUAAAGAGGCACUUCACACUUAAACUUGUUUUUUGAGCUGAAACUAAAUAAUAUGACUGUACUGUGGUGAAACACGUCAAUGCUAAUGUUGACAUUCUUAACAAAUUGAUUUGUAUCUGCAUUCCAUGGGCUGAAAAUGGCUCGACACGCCAGCUACUGUUUUAAAUCACCCUGAACUCGCAAGGCCAACGCUGCCAGAGUCGACCAACAACCGCCCUCUAAUCAGAGGUCACUACCCACAUGUUCAACACAACACACACGUUUUUGAUCUGUUCUCCCCGAUGUCAGUGCUGUGUGUUCUAAUGUUAAUAAGUAUGUUAAAGGAUCACUUCACCCAAAUUACAAAAAGACAUUUUCUCUCUUCUCUCCAGUCAGAUACUUCUGGUUUAGUUUGUCCAGGUUUGGAGAAAUGCGUCUCUGAGAUUUCUGCCUCCACCACAGUACAGUGGAGGUGAACGGAAUUUAGUUUGUGGUGUGAAAAAUGAUCCACCAUAACAUCUCUUUCCAGAAUCUGUGUACUAUUAUUGUCACUCUCACUAGUUUUAAUUCAAACUACUUUCUUCCUAAGAUAUACUGUAGUCCCAGGAGACAAAGUUGGACAAAUGGAACAUGGCUGGAUAUAUCCACUCCCGUUUUUUUUGUCAUUUGGGUGAACUUACCCUCUUAAAGCCUUAACAACCCAAAAAUGCUCAAACUGGUCACUAUACUGUAAUUCAAUCAAAGACACUGAAUAAACCAGACUGUUUAAAACCGUG